CUGUACUGUUUGAGUUUCCCUGCAUUCUAGGGGAGCCUGGUCGAGCAGGAGCUUGCACAGCGCGGCACAGGAGGUUCCAUUUUCAAGGGACUUCAUUUCUAAGCGGCUCGCCUUUGGGGUCUGAUCGCUUUGGGCAUUGGGAUUGCCGAGGGCAGUCGCCUUUGGCCGUCUCAUGCCACAUCAAGUUUCUUACUUGCUGCAUAGCAGAAUCGGACUAGUUUCACAGUCUCGGCUCGCUGAUUUAGUCAGAAAAUUAACGAGCCCUGCUGCUUAGGAGAACCUAAGCCAACACUCUCGUCUAGAAUCUCGGGCAUUACGUGGCUUGAGGUUCCUGAUUUAUAGAAAGUGACAGUUGCCGUCGAAGACGUCAUUAGCUUUCGAGUCCUCAAUGUCAACAGAGUUCAUGGCUGCACGGACGGCGAAGGAUGGCCGCGCUCUUCUCAAACCCGUCGUCGUCCGACAGAAGGCUCAACAUCCAGAGACGGACGGUUCUGUCCUCGUAGCGAACCUCAUAGAGGCUGCCAAGAAGAUGCAGAUUCGCAAGUUGAGACGAACGAUCGUAGACAUCAAGAAUCAGAGCAGCAAGCCGGCAGAUAGAGCUCCAGGCGUCAUGUCACCAGCACUAGGCCUCGGAAAUGUAUCUGCUUUGGAGUCCAGACCAGUAAAGGCUCCGCCUGUGCAACCAAGCAUCAACGGCACGGAUGACAAAGGCCGAACGGCUCUCCAUUUCUCCUGCGGAAUGGUUUCAACAGAAUGUGCCAUCGUGCUGCUAGAGUCAGGCGCUGACGUCAACGUACGGGACAACGAGGGGUUCACUCCCCUUCACAUGGCAGCCGGCUACGGUCGCAGCCAAUCGGUGGAGCUCCUUCUCAAAGCAGGUGCUAAUCCUUUCGUCAAAGACAAGGUCGGACGCACCCCCCGGGAGCUGGCCGUAGAAAUCAGAGACACGGGCAUGCGGCACGACGGGUCCUCCGUUCCUCGAGGCGACAUGGAGGCCACGAUCACCCUCCUGGGCAGUGCGGAGUGGAAGGAGCACCAGGUGGCGAAAGAGAGACAGCACAAUGCGAUUGGCAGCUCAGUGGAGAGCGUUGCUGGGGUUUCUGCAGAUGAUGGUGCUAAGAGGCCGGCUGCCGUGUCUCCAUUGGACGAGCUGCUGGCUGCUGCGCAGGCGGGAGAUUCCGAAGGCGUGGCGAAAGCGCUGGCGAAACUAGAAGCGAAAUCAGAUGUUACAUGGAUCGCUGGUCGCGCUGCUUCUCUAGCGAACGCUCUCUCAGCGGCCUGCCGAAAUGGCCACGUGGAAAUUGCCGAGAUGCUGCUCAAAUAUGGAGCGUCCGUUGACGCUGUGGACGUGGAGGGAGCGACGCCGCUGCUAGCUGCCGCUGACAGUGGCUUUGCCAACUGCGUGCAACUUUUGCUGAAAGCUGGCGCUCAACCUGACGCUCGCGACAAAGUGGGAGUGACGCCCCUUAUCGCAGCUGCGUACAACGGGCAUGAUGAGGCCCUUUCAGCGCUCGUGCACCACGGAGCUGCUGUGGACGCUAGGUCGCAUGGAGGCGUCACGCCGCUCAUUGCUGCGGCUGAGGGUCGCCACGCACGCUGCAUCCACCUGCUUAUCGAGGCGGGAGCAGACGUGAAUGCGCGCACCACGGAGGGGAAAACAGCGCUGAUGCACGCAGUGGGGCGCAACUCAGUGGAGGCGACAGAGGCUCUGCUGGGGGGAGGAGCGGAUGUCAACGCUGUGGAUAGCGAGGGCUUUUCCGCGCUGCACCACGGGGCUCGCCUAGACGCUGCCGACUGCGUUCAGCUGCUGUGCGCCAAGGGCGCGAGCAUGACCAAGAGGUGCAAGAAGGGCCGCACAGCGCUCAUGGAGGCACCCAAGGCCUCUGCUUCUUCUGCAAUUCUGGAGGAGAAGUGGGCGGCUCUUGAAGAGGAAGUGGCAAGGCGGCAGGCAGAAAUCCUCGAGCUCUUUGCUGAUGACUCCACUGACAACGCCUCCAAGUCCCUCGCGCUGGCAGCAGCAGGCGCCAAGAGCCGGGACAAGAAAAAGGCCGCCAAAGGCAGGAGAACCCCCAAGGGGAUCGCCUCCCUGACCACCAAGCUGCAGGGGCUGGCGGGAGGGGCUGGCUCUGCAGGCUCGGCAGGCUUUGUGGGGGAUGAGAAGACCCUGGGGACUCCGGUGAAGACCCCAGAGUCGUCCAGCCGGCCCAGCAUGUCGCCUGUGAGCUCGGUGAUGGACUUCGGCCAGACUACUGAUAGUUCCGGUAUGAGUACGGCUGAGGACGAGGAGGGGGCGGAUGGGGUGGAGGUGGAGGAGGAAGGGAUUGAGUACGACACCCAGGAUAUCUUUGAGAUCAUGGCAGCUGCUAGCAGGAGGAGCUUGAGCGGUGGUGGUAGUGGCAGUGCUGGCGGCGGGGUUCUGGGUGGUGCUGGUAGUGCGGGUGGUGAUGAUGGGUUUAUUCCGGUGGGGAGCGGUGAGAAGGCGCCAAAUAGGGUGAGUGAGGUGACCGGGUGGCUGUCUGGGGGGAGCUAUAGCCGGAAGGCUGGAGGGGAGACGUUAGAUGCACCAGUGCCAGUAAGGAGAGAACCUGCAAGGGCCACGCACAAGAAGAGUCCUCCUGCUGCACAGAGCCUCACGCAGCAGCAGCCGCAGCAGCAGCAGCAGCAGCAGCCGAAGAACAAAACGUCUUUGGCCAAGUCAAUCAAUGCAUCAGUAGCUGCUGUCCCCCAGUCCCAGCCACAGCAGGCACAGCAGAAACUGGCCCCAGCAUCAUCAUCAUCAUCAGCAGCAGCAGCAGCAGCAGCAGCCCAUGCAGGAGCGUCCCCUUGGAUCCGCGCCCUGGUGGGAGGACAGGCGGCCCCAGCUCCCCGCAGCAUCUCCCCCACCAAUGCUGUCUCUGCCACCACCAACCCCAGUUCCAAGAGUGCUGCUACUCCCAGUGCGGUGCAGAGCGGUGGCAAAGGGUGCACGUGCAAGCAGAGCCAGCAGUGCGAGGAGGACAAGGGCAACCUGGCAAGGCGGGUGGAACAUCUGGAGGCAGAGCUGAGAGCGGCUCGGGCGGCAGCGGAUGAAGCCAGGGCGGCAGCUGCAGCUGAGAGGGCCAGAGCGGCGCAGCUUGAGCAGAGGCUGCUGAGCGAGCGCAAAGCCGCUGACCUAAUAAGCGCUCAGUCCAAAUCCCAGAUCCAGGUUUUGCAGCAAUCCCUCUGCUCUCAGUCCAUCUCGCUCGCAGCAGCCACAGCAUCAGCAGAGGCCGCCCGCCGCGCCCUCGCCUCCUCUCACACCGAGCUACAGUCCAAGCUGCACUCGGAGUUGCAGCGCAUCCGCUGCCAGGCUGUAGCAGCUGCCGUCACCGCCGCUACAGCCAGCUGGCAGGCCUGGGAGUGCUCCCAGCCCAGGCCGCUCCUGGGCUCUGCUGGGGGCUCGUCUCCUGAGGCAACAGCGGCAGCAGUAGCAGCAGCAUCAGCAGGGGCAACAGAAGGGGCAAGAGUAGGAGUGGGAGGGGCAGGGAGAGCAGCAGCACCUGUUGGCCUAUUGGGAACAGCAGCCGGGACAGCUGGUGAGAUUACAAGCGUUGGUCUCCCAAACCAAUCUUACCUACCAAGCCUACCGAACUGUCCAACUCCGACAAGCCAACCAACCCACUCUAAAACUGUAUCUGCUGCCCAAACUCCAGCCGCUACCCGCAUUCCUCCUUCCUCCUACAGCAUUUUGGAAGUGUCCCUUCUGUGCCAGCAGCUAAGUGACACCACUGCUUCUACCUGUGAUCUGCCAGCAGCAGCUCCUGCAGCAGCAGCAGCAGCAGCAGCAGCAGCAGAAGCAGCAGCAGCAACGCCACUCCUCUCCAACCACUCGCCACCAGCCCUCACCAGCACACCCUCCACCGUAACUCAUGCCGUCAGCCAGAACGUUGCCAGGGGCGUUGACCUGGCUCCUCAUGAUCCCGCGCUUUCGUUCAAAGCAUCCCUGCUUGCUGGAAAGAUGAGCGGUGCAAAGUUCGGCGCUGCCAAGUCUGGUGUUUCUGGUGUGGCUUCUGAUCCUGCCCUUGCAACCAGCUCAACUUUGCUCCCUGGGAAGGUUGCCUUGGCUGAUCCUACCCAUGAUGCAGCACUGUCCCUCAAAGCCUCCUUUCUCACUGAGAAGCUUUUCGGCAAGUCCACGCUGGACCGUUCCAACAGUCUGGAGGUUCAGCAAAGGAUGAAAAUGGGCCCAUUUGAUGACUCGGCUCGCGUAUUCUCCUCCUCCCCCCACCACCACCACGACACAUCAGCAAGCAUCAUGCGGAAAAUAGGCUCGGUGCCGAACCUGCUGUCUCUGGAGCACUCCGCGCCUCUGCACUCCCCUGCACCGCUCCGAACCUCUGGCCUUUCAGGGUUUCGCAGGGUCGAAUCCUACCCAGACUUCCAGCCCUGGCAUAACAUGGGCUACAAUAAGCCCCACUACAAUCAGACCCACUCCAAUCAACCCAGCUACAACCAUCCCAACCACAACCAACCCAUUGCCAACCACCUCAUACCAGCGGAUCCUUCAGACCCACCUGUAAGACUCACCCCUCACAGUCCCUUCAAACCAGACCAUCUCGUGGGGAAUUUCCACCGCCGGGUGGACUCCUACCCAGAUUUAUCCCGUGCCGGGCAGUCUAAUACACCGGGUCAAAUGUCCCCUUCACCAGCCAUCCCACGCAGGUCCCACCAGCCGCUUGACAGAGUAAUUCAGUCUCCUAAGCGGAGGCAGUCCUCCCUCAUGCAUCGCUCUUCCAGUGAAAACUGCCUGUCUAGUCUAGCAGGAGCAGGAUCAGGCUCAUCAGCCCAAGGAGGGGGGAAACUGCAGUGGAAGGUGAGGGGAGGGGUUGGAACAGACGCCAUUCCUGAGAGGAGCAGCAUGUUCACUCUUGAAGCUCUGCCGUUUGCUCCUAAAGGGACGUGUGAGGAGCAGAAAAAGGCAGCUGGAUGGUUCAGCUUGGUUCCCAGCCCUGAUGAGUGAGAAGAAUGUAGGUUUGCUAUUUGGAUUCCCCCAUCCCACCCCUGACGAGGAUUGAGGAGAAUCUAGGUUUGCCAUUUGGAUUUCCCCCAUCCCAGCCCUGAUGAGAAGUGAGGAGCAGGGCUCUGGCUAAGGUGUUUGGAAGCCAUUCUAGUCCGGAUUGUCCCCUGCCCCCCUGCUGUUUGACAUUAGGGUAACUAUCAUUGUCAACAAACAUAUAUUGCUAUAUAUCUCAGAUUUAGAAUAGUUGGCUAGAAUGGGAGCAUAAAGGGGUAUAUAGCUA